UUUCCUUUCGUCAGAAGCGAUCUCGCCUUCCUUGUUUUUCUGCGCUCCCAGCGUUAUUUCCCCGUACGUGUUGUGGUGCCAUAGCCCGGGUGGGAGUCCUUUGGUCACCCUUACGCCUAAAAAUGGAGACUGAAAUCCUGAAAAUUAUUCUGCACAACCAGGGAUCCGUGAAUACAGAGGAGCUGAUGUAUAAUUUAGGCGACAGCGCUACACUUACGGAAAUUAUCGUUCAGAAUGACUUGUUCGUGUCGUGUUUGGUGAAUCAGCGGCCUAAAGUUUUGGUGCGGACGCGUAUGGGACUCUGCUGGACUCGGGACUGUCCGGGCUGCGGGCGUCUGCACCUGUGUUUGGGCUUCCUCUUCUCCGGGUACUGCCAGUUCAACCAGCUCAGGAGAGGCUGUUCUUUCUCCCAUGAGCUCCACUCUGAAUACAACAUGGAGGUCCUCAGAAAGUUCGGUCUGGAGACUCUGAGCAGGACGGAUCUGUGUCUGCUGCUGCUACAAAGCCACCACUCACUGCUGCCUCAGAUCUGCUAUAAAUACAACAGUCGUGCUGGUUGCCAAGACGACUGUAAGCGUCUGCACGUGUGUGACCGAAUCGACUGCAACUGCCCCAGAACGCACGACUUCACCGCUCCACAACCCCUCAAACUACUGCAGGAAAAACGCAUCCCCGACCAUCUCAUGAAGGUUUUAAAGACUGUGUACGCCAACAAGAACGCGCUAAGGUUCGCCGACAAACAAAAAGAGUUAAAUAAUGAUUCGUCUGUGGAAAAUUUUACCGGUUAUGAUUCGGAUUCAAGCAGCGUUAGCGCAAAAGAGACUAGUGGUCGUGGGAAGAGAAGGGGAAGAGGAGGGGGAAGAGGAGGAAGAGGAGGAAGAGGAGGAAGAGGCAGGGGACAAAACAGAGCGCCCUCUCAUGGUGACUCGGAAGAUAGCACUACUACUGAUCUAACUAACGACUACACAGAAAACAGUAACAGUAACCAAGACCAAGAUACUACAAAUGAAACGCUGCAAGAUGGUUACGAUUCAGAUGCAAGCAGCACAGUUAGUACAGGGAACGGUAAAGAACACAGAGGUGGAUAUGCGAGGGGUAGGGGUGCUUUCCGAGGGCAGCGGGGUAAUAGGAGAGGGAGCAACGGAAACUAUAGGGGCAACUUUCGAGGUGGGAGAGGCAACAGGGGGGCUAGUGGGGGCAGGUCUGACAAGGUUGAGCGCGUACCUUCUGAAAAUGACCUAAAGACAAAAGAAGAAGAUCAUCUGGGUGUGAACAGAAGCCAGGAUCCUACUCCAAACAGUGAAACGUUAAGUGGGUUUGAGGCUGGCUCGGAUAGUGGACAAAAGUAUUCAAGUACUGGCGCGAACGGAAAAACCAGCAGCGCAAGCGACGUCAAAAAAACGGACGCAAACAGCAGUAAUGGACCACCAAGAAAGCAAACAGAUAAAACCGAGAUUUGCAUGUUCUUCAUAAAGGGGUACUGUAAACAUGAAGCUCGCUGUUCCAAAGCUCAUGACAAGAUGCCGUACAGAUGGGAGAUCAGGAGGGGCGGUCAGUGGACUUCUAUGGCUGAAAAUGAGACCAUAGAGAAAGACUACUGUGACCCUGAAAAAGUUUACAGCACUACCAGUCCUCCUGUGCAUUUUGACACAAUGACAUGUGGAUCUGACGAAGUGAGGCGUCUCUCUACUGAGAACUCUGUCCUGCAGCCAGGCUUCAUCCACACCACAGACUGGCUCUGGUACUGGGAGGACGAGCGCGGCACCUGGUACCAGUAUGGUGCUGUGACAAGCGAACAUCGUUUAGCCUCCAUCACCAGUAAAGAGCUGGAGGAGAUUUAUCAACACAACAACAAGGAUGUGGUGACGUUUACUGCAGGUCCACAGUCCUAUGAACUCAGCUUUCAAGACAUGAUUCAGACAAAUUUAAAGUACAGCACCAAGAGGCUGGUGAGGAGGAGACCGAAGUUUGUCUCUGCAGCUGAAGUCCAGACAAAAAGAAAGCGCCCCCCACACUCCAGUGCUGUGCCGGACCACUGGGACAAAACGCAGAUCCCUCAAAUCGGAUUUAAGAGAGUACAGCUGCAGCCCUCAUCGGCGGAGUAUAAACAUAUUCAAGAACUUUUCAAUCAGACCAUGGCUUCUUCUGAAAUCCUUAAAAUUGAAAGGAUUCAGAACAGAGCCGUGUGGGAGAACUUUCAGCUGUGCAAGACUCAUAUGAAACAGAAAAAUGGUGGACAUCCCGUGUUGGAGAAGCAGCUUUUCCAUGGGACUGAACCAAAGUUUGUGGACCCCAUUUGUGAAACUAACUUUGACUGGAGAGUGUGUGGAUUCAACGGGACGGUUUAUGGAGAAGGAAGCUACUUUGCACGCGACGCCAAGUACUCCCAUGACUACACCGGAGACAGCGAUCCACGGUUCAUGUUCGUGUCUCAGGUUUUGGUCGGAGAAUUCACCAAAGGCUCUAGGGAAUACAAACGCCCUCCUUCUAAAGACGGAGGACACGUGAACUUGUUUGACAGUUGUGUGGAUGACAUCUACAAUCCUUCAAUAUUUGUGGUGUUUAAGCAGCAGCAGAUCUACCCCGAGUACCUGCUUCAGUACAAACACUCAGGCAGAAGUAAUGCAUAUGCUCAAAGAAGUACUAGCAGUUUCUAUGGUCAAAGUACUAGCAAUUUCUAUACCCAAAGCAGUAGUCAGCCCCCGUACACUGCGUAUAAUAAUGUACCUCCACCCUCUUUCUAUACUCCAUCACGCUCAACCUCAAGACCCACCUCUUCACCCACAUCAAAUAAUAACCAAAACUCAUGUGUCAUUGCGUAAAGUGAGGCAGUGGUUAAAAGUACAUUGUGUAACUUUUCUGACGGACGGUCCGCCACCAGCUUGUCUUCAUGGAGAUGUUAUUGCUUUGCAGAGGUUGGGGCUUGAAAGUCUUGACUUGGACUCGAGUCAGACUUGUUUUUAGGACUUGAGACCUGACCUGAUAAAAUGGACGAGAAGCACUUUUAAAACUGAAUUCUUUCUAUUCUGACCGUAAUGAUUCACUCUAAGAUCUUGUCAAGACAUUUAAAAAGGAAAAAGGAAAAUUUCUACAACUCUUACAUACUCUAUAAAUACUCAUAUAUAAAUAUACUGUGAUUUUUUAAGUACAUAUUAGUUUAAAACUCAUAUAAAUUGCUCAAAUCUAAGCUAUAUUUGGUACUUUUUUGGUUUAAAGACUUGAAAUGACUUGAAGCUCAAAGCAGACGACUUGGACUUGACUUGGACUUAUAAACCAAUGACUCAAGACUCGACUUGGACUUGCCUGUAUUUGACUUGGGACUUGACUCGGACUUGAGGUCAAAGACUUGAGACUUACUUGAGACUUGCAAAACAGCGACUUGUUAUGGUUGUUUCUAUUGCUCAAAAAUACAAUAAUUCCCUCUGUGAAUAGGCGCGACUCUCCACAGAUCUGACUUGUAAUGUAGCGUAGUGCUGGAACCUGCUUGUGCGCAUUUGAUAAACAGUUUCCAAAGUGCUGCACAGACAAAUUAAGACAAAAAUCAUAAAUAAAAAUAAAAUAAAAUAAACAUUAAAAACAUAAAGCAAAAAAUAAAUAAAAAUUUAUAAAAGCAAUUAAAAUAAAAUAAAAUAAAAUAAAUAAAAGUCUACACAACUCCCACGGUGUUAAAAUCCAGAGAAUAAAAGUGGGUCCUAAAGGGUCUAUAUUAUGCAAUUUACUGAUCUGUUAUAAUGUUGUGUGAAUGAAACAAACACAACUCCAGGUAUGUUUCUGAUGAAGGCACAUGUUCAACACACAAACCCGGCAUAUUUAGGCUGAGCUUUUCUUUUAGACUGAAAACACUGUUCCACCUUGUGAUGUCAGGUGGUAAUACAGGAGGUGCUCCACUGUGUCCACACACCUUCUCUAGAAUCAUUAGGACAAGUUCAGCCCUGGAAUUGCCAAUAUCUACUGAACAACAGAUAAAAGGGACUCAAACGUGUGAAUGAAACAAAACACACUUAAAGCUCACACGAGUCAAUUUUUCACAAUAUCGGACCUUUAAAUAUUAUUGGCUUAUAGAAUAUUGUGAUGUUGUCUGAAACCCACCAGUAGUUGAAUGUCAGAUCUAUGGAGAGGUGGCCCUGCUCACACAGUGCAUGUUUUCAUUCCUCUUUACAUCCACUAAAAUUUGUAAUUUUUGCACUCAUUAAAACAUGUCCAAAACAUCCAUGUGUAGUGUAUGAUGCUUUUGGAGAAUAUUUAAUAUGCACAAAAAACAAGAUAAUCUAUUUUUGAUUGUAUCUUGACUGUAUCUAUUUCAAUUAAAAAUAAAUAAAAUAAAAGAGUCAUCUGACCAUG